GGCGUGGGCGGGGCUCUGGUGGCCUGCCCCAUACCCCAGCGUCCACCGCGGCAGCAGGCACUGACGUGGCUGCCGUCAGCGCCGCCAUCUUGUGGGAGCGAAACCAACGCCUGGCUCGGAGUAGCAGCAGCACCGCGGCUGCCGAGGGUUUCUCUGGCCAGUGUCUCUCCCUCCAGUCUACAGCAUGGGGAAUAUCUUUGCGAACCUCUUCAAGGGCCUUUUUGGCAAAAAAGAAAUGCGCAUUCUCAUGGUGGGCCUGGACGCUGCGGGGAAGACCACCAUCCUGUACAAACUGAAGCUGGGUGAGAUCGUGACCACCAUCCCCACCAUAGGUUUCAACGUGGAGACUGUGGAGUAUAAGAACAUCAGCUUCACUGUGUGGGACGUGGGUGGCCAGGACAAGAUCCGGCCUCUGUGGCGCCACUACUUCCAGAAUACACAAGGUCUCAUCUUUGUGGUUGACAGCAAUGACCGAGAGCGUGUGAAUGAGGCUCGAGAGGAGCUUAUGCGGAUGCUGGCAGAGGAUGAGCUCAGGGAUGCUGUCCUGCUCGUGUUCGCAAACAAGCAGGACCUCCCCAAUGCCAUGAACGCAGCUGAGAUCACGGACAAGCUGGGCCUCCACUCUCUGCGCCACAGGAACUGGUACAUUCAGGCUACCUGUGCCACCAGUGGGGACGGGCUCUAUGAGGGACUGGACUGGCUGUCCAAUCAGCUCCGGAACCAGAAGUGAACCGAACUCCUCUCUUCCCCCUCACUCCCUCCUUCACCCUUGCUUUCCUCUCAUGUGGCAGAUGUGCCCCUGUGGUGUGAGUGCCAGAAGCUGUCUCCAUGGUCGGUCCCAGUGUGCUUCAUCAUGCUGUACAUGUGCAGACGCAGCCUGCAACCGGGUUUUUAUUUAAUGUAAAUAGUUCUUGUUUCCAAUGAGGCAGUUUCUGGUACUCCUAUGCAAUAUUACUCAGCUUUUUUUAUUGUAAAAAAAAAAAAAAGAA